AUGUCAGUUAAUUCCCUCCCCGCUCAACCGUCCUCGCCGCUCGGUCGGAAUCGCACGUCCCUCCUGUCCAAGUUCCGCUCCCAACUCGGCCAGCGAAAUCGCAGCAUCACCGAUUUCUACCUCGAGCCUGACGACCCCUGGCGCUCCUAUUUCCCCGGUGAUGUGAUCUCCGGUACCGUUGUUCUUACCGUUGUUCGACCCGUUCGCAUUACACAUUUGGUGGUCUGCCUACAUGGCUUUGUCAAGGUGUUUAAGAAUACGGUGCCUUCGGGUGAAGCGGGUCCGGACGUGGGAUUCCUCGGUCCCGGGCGUGGGCAUCGAGGCGCGGAGUACUUGGGCAAUGGAUUGGCGACUUUGUUCGAGGACGAAGUGGUUCUAUGCGGCGAGGGCCGUCUCAAAGAGGGCAUUUACAAGUUCCGCUUCGAGAUGGGCUUUCCCCCGUAUAACCUCCCCAGCAGCAUCAACUUCGAACGAGGGACCAUUUCCUAUAUGCUUACAUCCACCUUAACAAAACCCACGACUAUGAACCCGACUUUAUCAUGCCGCAGGCGCAUUAAUCUUUUGGAGAACAUCGACAUCGCCCCAUUCCCGGCCCCCAAGGCUCGAGUAGUCAGCCUCGAGCCUGUAUCGAGACGUUCGAAAUCCAAGGCGAAAGGAAAAUCCACAGGAUCAGAUGCAACAGCGGACACGAUCUCAUUAGAGCCAUCAUCGAACGGUACUGCGGCUGAUCAGCGUCCUCCGUUGAGUCCGGCUCCCAGCAACGUCAGCUCGUCUAGUCGUCUUAGCAGUAGCAGCCAGAGCUUCCAAAUCGCCAGUGACCCUAGUUCCUCGACCAGCACAGGUAUGCGUAAUAGCGAAUCCCGAAGCAUCACACCUUCUGUCUCCGACAAAAUCAUCACCGCCAAAACCGAACUCCUGCGCGCUGGCGUGCUUCCGGGCGAUACCUUGCCCAUCAAAAUUUCCAUCAACCAUUGCAAGCAGGUGCGCAGUGCGCACGGCAUCAUCGUCACUUUGUACCGCCAAGGUCGCAUUGACCUUCACCCAUCCAUCCCCGUCGGCGUGACACCAGACGGUAAAAAGCCCGUGUACGAGGAUGUAUAUCCAAAAUCCCGCACCGGGCUUGGAGGUCUUACCAUGGGCACUAGCAGAAACAGCAGUGUCUUCCGGAAAGAUCUAUCUCAAAGUUUCGCGCCCUUAAUUAUUGAUCCCGCCACCUUAAACGCAGAUAUAAAGACCUCGAUUCGCAUCCCUGAAGACACGUUUCCCACCAUCACGCGCACCCCCGGUAGUAUGAUAAACUUCCGAUAUUAUGUGGAGGUUGUCGUCGAUCUUCGGGGCAAAUUUACAUCACCCGAUCGCUUCUUGCCGCGAUUCAAUAUGGUUUCCAGGGGGAGCAAUUUUUCUCCCAGUGGCCAGAUCCUUAAUCCAGCAGAUAUGAAUAGCUCGAUCACCGCAAAUUGGGCGGGCAAUAUUCUCGACACAGACCGGAUCCGGCGCGAAAAGGGAGUUAUUGCUGUGGCCUUUGAAGUCGUAAUUGGAACCCACGAUUCUCAACGAGGCCAAGGGGAGUCUACGCCGUCCGUCGCCACUCCAUCCGAACCCACUUCCACCCUUCUAAACAAUGGACAAGAGCGGGACGACUGGCCGGUGGAUCAAAGCCCUAUGAACACCGACCGGGAAUAUGCAGGCCAGGGCGAUUAUGGUUUCCCCCAGGAGCCACACUGGACGGAACAUUCUGGUGAAUAUCAACCACCCUAUCAGUCACUAGGCCAGAUGAUUUCCACUCCCCAUUCCGAGGAGCCGGCAGACGAAAAGACACGGCUACGGCGAGCGGAGGAGAUGCUCUUGCCCAGUCGACCUCCCGAUGACCAUGACCCUGAUGUCGGCUCCUCGACAUCCGGAGAUAUGGCUAUGCCGACAGCACCCGUAUUGCCCGAAGACGAUCACAUCAAUGGUUACCAUCACCUACCAUCUCCGGCAGAAAAUAAUAUUCCCGAGGCAUUGAUGUCUGCAGAAUCAGUGCAGACCAUUGUCGCAAACCAAAGUGCAGCUGGGCCCAGUCACGCCGUUGCAAUGCCCGGGGAUGACAAGCAAGAAUUGGAGCGACAACGGCUGAUGAUGGAAGCGAGUGCUCCUGAAGACCCUGGGGCAUCUCACAGCGAAGCUGCUGUUGAAGGACCCAGUGCGCCAGUCUUUACUGACGAUGACCAGCAGUUAGUGGGCGGUACAGCACAUGGGGACGAGUCCCUACCACGCUAUCAACGAUGA